AUGGCCAUCGUCCAGGUGCCGUGGUUUCUCCCCGCCCUUUGGCUGCCGCUCUCCCUGUACGCGCCCGCCGUCCGAGCGUUCAUCGACAUCACCGAUCCGACCUUCAUCCAGGACUGCGUGAACCAGCACAACAAAUUUCGCUCGGAGGUGUCCCCGCCGGCCACCAACAUGUUCGCGAUGACUUGGGAUGAAGCUCUUGCUAAAUCUGCAAAAGCAUGGAGCAGGACUUGCAUGUUCAAGCAUAAUCCAAGCCUGAAAAAGAAAGGAACUGUGCAUCCAACCUUCUUCCCCAUAGGAGAAAAUAUCUAUAUUUCAACAGGCAGGUUCAAUGUCAAGACUGCUAUUAAACGAUGGAAUGAUGAAGUGUUUGAUUACGAUUACAAUACAAAUACCUGCAAACCAAAGAAACCAUGUGGGCAUUACACCCAGUUAGCCUGGGCAAAAAGUUAUAAAGUUGGCUGUGCAGUUUCUGAUUGUCCCAGAGGAAUUAAAUCUUCAGGAUUAAAAGGACCAGGUGUAAUUUUUGUCUGUAAUUAUGCACCAUCAGCUGUUUAUGAAGGAAAGAUGGAUGAACCAGCUAAUGUGGCAUUCAUCCUGGCAUACAGGCAACAGCAAAGCUUGAGAAGAAGGUCACAUUGGCACCGGGCUGGGCAAAGGAAAGAGGCUCACCCUGAAGAGCAAAGGCCUUCAGAUCUCAGAAGCUGA